AUGUCCUCUACUUCAAAUUCGUCCGGUGCCCUCAGCCGGCAACAAAAGAAUCACUCCAUCCUCUCAAUACCUAUUGUCUACGCAUUAGCUUUUCCACCCCAUCUCUACGCUUUCGCUAGAGGCAUGACAGCUUCCAAUUACACCUAUAGCAACACUGUUCCUCGUGCCAAUCUCGACCUGCUUAAGUCCAAGCUUCCCGAAGCGACCUGGCAAAGCCUUGCACGGGCCCAGGGCGCGCAUCUCAAUGCCUUAGAAGGAUUCCCGUUGUUUGCUGGUGCGAUGAUUGCAGGUAACUAUGCCAAGCUCCCUCCCAACGACCUCAACUUCGCAGCUGCGGAGUACAUUUGUGCUAGGGUCGUGUAUACUGCGCUAUACAUGACCACCAAGAGCGAGGCGUGGAGCUAUCUUCGCACUGGCGUUUAUGCUUGGAGUCUUGCUGCUCCCAUCUGGAUCCUCUGGAAAGCUGGAAAGAAGAUUAGAGAUCAAAGCGUGGACCUGAAAGAACUAUGA